AUGGUGCGACGCUGCCUGCUUCUGCUCCGUCGGGCAUACCCCUCGGAGGGGGGCAUUCUCCCCACCGUUUCUGCCGCUGACGUGUCUGCUUCCGUGGCGAGCCCGCAGCCAGGCACUCAUCCGUCAGAGGAAACUUCACAGCGACCGCGUCGACCUCCUUUGUUUUCGUCCUUGUCGAGUUCCGAGGGGAGCAAGCCGGAAAUUGAUGCGCUUCGGACAGAGCUGGCGGCAGCGCAGCUGCGCAUUGCGGAGUUGCAGCUCAGCCAGCUGGCGCUACACGAGGCGCUGUUGCGUCGAUUGGAGAAAACGGACCGCGCGGCGCACAAGACAGCGACGGAGCUGCGCUACACCGCAUUGGCCCUACAGUGCAACUAUGACCUCCUUGAGACGGAGCUGCGGCGUGUGUUGGCGUUGAGGCCACACAGCAGUACGACAGUAGGGGAGGGGUGUUCGGAGGAGGAAGACAUGGAGUCGCUUCGCCGAGCCGCGAUUGAGGCCGCGGCUAGGGAGAUGGUGCGUAAGAAUAUCGGAUUUCGUCUGGAGAGGGUGUCAGAAGAACCCGCCACGGUGUCAAGAGCCACCGGUGACGUCAAUAGGUGA